AUGCCUCCAAUGCGCUACGUACCUCCGGCGAUUCUAGUCGUCGAUCUCGUCUUCUUGAUUCUCCACCGUGCCAUCAACAUGAACAUCCCGUUCAACCACCACUACAUCCGCGACGAACUCCUCGAAAUGUUCCGCUACCUCCUUGGCGAAUGCCGGGAAGGGGAGAGGGCGGGGACUUCGGAUGUGCGUGGGUGGUCAUGGUGGUCGUUGUCGUGCGUCGAUGCUCCAGAUGGCCCUGCGCCACCGCCUGCACCCGUCGCCCCGAGCACGGACUGGGACCGUGUACGCCGCCAUGGUUGCCACGCGUUCUGCGUCGAACAUGGCUACGGCCCCCCCCGCCGCCAGCGCCUCAGCCCCUCUGCCCCGGAUGUCGCUGGCCCCUCUAACUCGGCCGGCCCCGUGGUGAUGGACGUCGAGCCGGUGCUCCCGAUGCCGACUUCGUCCCUCACUGUGGCGGGCUUGAGGAGACGGAGCCGCUCUCCACCAACAAUCGUGGCCCGACGCUCCGCCCCAUCGCGUCUGAAAGCAUCUAGGCCCCUAAUUGGGUUUCGGUGA